AGCGCCAGCGUGCAUCAAUGUCCAGGCCACAGGGUCUGCAGCUGCAAAAAUGUCCAUAUUGUGUCUGAAUUCACAACUACAGCUUUAAGUAACUUCAUAGGUGCGUUCACUAAGGGGAAGCUACCAGCAGUUCUGCAGUAUACAGUGAAGAGGCUCUGCAGUGACAGCUGACAGACUGAGAGGAAUGGCAGGAGAAAUCACAGGCACUGUUUAGGCUGGCUGUGUGUUGGAGGUUCACAGUGCGGAAACAAUGUCGUACAGUAACAGAGAGCUCGUGGAGUUCUUCAUAAGCUACAAGUUAUCUCAGAGGAACUAUCCCACCUCCCUGCUGAGGCCAGAGGACGCUGGUGGAAGGACUGAGGGAGACAAGGCAAGCUCUGCUGCCAGAAACGGCUCGCUGGUCACCAGCAGGAAUGGGGGUGACCAGCCAGGGACAUCUACGUCCCCAGGUGCUGACAUAGAGGCUGUUAAAGCAGCUCUCCGGGACUCAGCAGAUGAGUUUGAGCUGCUCUUCACGCAAGCGUUUAGUGACCUCUCGUCGCAGCUUGAUAUCACUCCUGACACCGCCUACCACAGCUUUAAGAGCGUGAUGGAUGAGGUGUUCAAGGACGGAGUCAACUGGGGACGUAUAGUGGGCCUGUUUGCCUUUGGCGGUGUGCUGUGUGUGGAAUGCGUCGAGAAGGAUACGAGCGAGCUGGUUUCCCGCAUCGCAGACUGGAUGACCAUGUACCUUGAUGAGCACAUCAGUCCCUGGAUCCAGAGUCAAGGAGGAUGGGACUGCUUCGCUGAGGUUUUUGGGCGAGACGCCGCUGCAGAAGCGAGGAGAUCUCGGGAGACUCUGAGUAGAUGGCUGCUAGUUGGAGUGGCGCUGCUAAUGGGAGUUGUGGUCGGUGUUCUCAUCGCUAAGAAACAGUGAAGGUGGUGCGUGUCUUUCGCCCGCAGCACACCCUGUGUAAUGCCAACAGAAUGAAAAUGAAUAGUUGAUGUUUACAAAAAGCCCAGUCUGCUUGUGCACUGACAGAAUGUGGAUUGGCUAAAGCAGUUGUGGAAGUAUCCAUAAUAUGUAGCUUGGUGAGCUGUUAUACGUCUCACCCCGCUUUGUCCUGCGUCUUUUAUUUUUUUAACACAGAGCAGAGAUUUUCAGUUGUCAAAGGGUGUUCCUCUCCAGACUGGAAGUGCUUUAAUUGAACCCGAUAAGCUAAGAGACAGUGAAACAGAUUCAGCUGGUUUGGUGAGACUGCCUAUUUUUAUUUUUGCCUUUGUGCAUUAUCCAAGGACCAAUUUUUACUACUUACAAACUGACAGCUGCCAGAGUUUUUAAGUUAUAUUUCCUUUUCACUGUGUAAUGCUCAGCUCAUUUUGUUGGCUGUACUGGAGUUUUAGGCAUGCUUCAAAAAAUAAAUCUAUUUAUGUUUUUCUUGUGUCUUUAUUUUCUUGCUUCUAUAGAUGAUCAUGAACGGCCAGUGAAAAGUACACAUCUUCGUACACUGUCAAGCUGAGUCCAACAAACUGUAAUUUGGCAACAUAUCUCCCAUUGGACUUACAGCGCUGUCAUAUGUUCCUGUUAUAAUGAGUUACUUAUUACAUAAAGAAAAGUGCUUAUCUGGCUCCAGACAUCUUAAUUCAAAGUCAUAGAAUAAAGUGAAAAUAAAUAUUAGUUCAGGCUGAUUAUCAUAGUAUGACAUUGAAAGACCAGAUUGUCUGUCAGAUUGUACAGAAGAAACAGAUUUACAUGCAAUAACUGGAGCAGAUGCAGUGUUGUGAAUCCUUUGUGAGGUUCAGCAUAGAUGAGAAGAGGAGUCCCUGCAUACCGACUCUAGACCACACAAGUCGGAUCCCAGUUGGCUCGACAUCAGGUCAAAAUGUAGAAAAACUGGUUACUCAGCCCAUAUACAGUAUAUACCCAUAAACUUACAUCAAUAAAUGCAUUAAUAUAUGGAAAAGACCUUAAUUAUAUUAAAAAUAUCUCGAAUAGUUAUAAGGAACAUGAAGGCAGGGAGACAUUAAAAUAUUGCACAUGAUGGGAACAUAUGGUAUCAUUUGUCAGUCUGCUGUCUGCACCAACACAUUCAAACCUAAUGAAGGAUGUAAUGAAACACCUAUUAUAUCAAAGUUUCUGACCAGAGUUAAGAUUCCUUAGACCUCAGUCUUUUACACCAAGUACAUAAAGAAAAGGAGCAAGGAUCAGAGUUGUGAAGCAUCCAUCACCCCGCUUGUCAUCUCCAUCAGUUAUGGAGGGAUGCACAGUAUAUAUCAUAAUCUGUACUGACUGAAUGCUGAAUGUUAAACACAAUUCUAAAGCCUUUAACCUAACUUGCCUUCUGCAGUGGUGGGUAGAUUGCAUAAUGCAUGUUUCCCAUAUGUAAAAUCUUUAUUUAAUGUCCUCUUGGCACAAUAUAUGACACAUGAAAAAUAAUGACAACAUAAUAGAGGUCCAGAAUGGACACCGGAAAUGACUGUGUCACAUUUUAUUUUGAUCCAGUUUGCAUUUUUAUGAACAUGCUAUGGCCUAAUUUUGAUUUUAUUUUAUUGUAACCCUCCUCCUUUCUUUUCCUUGUUUUUUUCUUUUUUCUUCAUUUUAUGCCAUUUAUGUUAUUACUGUUAUUAUAAUUUCUCUGUACCCUGUGCAUAUGUGCGCGUA